UCUACCUCCAUGUCGGACGCGCCGACGCUUAGCAUCACGCUACUUGGCGCUGGGCAGGAAGUGGGAAGGUCAUGUUGUGUCUUACAAUACCGGGGCAAAACCAUUGUGUGCGAUACUGGUGUGCACCCUGCGUAUAGUGGGAUGGCAUCUUUACCGUUCAUUGAUGAGCUGGAUUGGAGCACCGUUGAUGCUAUUCUCAUCACCCAUUUCCAUCUUGACCAUGCCGCUGCGUUGACCUACAUCACCGAAAAAACGAAUUUCAGGGACGGCAAGGGCAAAGUUUACAUGACGCAUCCUACAAAAGCUCUGCACAAAUUCAUGAUGCAGGACUUUGUUAGAAUGAGUUCGACCUCGUCUGACGCGCUGUUUUCACCAAUCGACAUGGCCAUGUCCCUUGCCUUCAUUAUUCCUGUCUCUGUCCACCAGCUCAUCACGCCUUGCUCUGGCGUUUCUUUUACCCCGUACCACGCUGGCCACGUUCUCGGCGCUUGCAUGUUUCUCAUUGAGAUUUUUGGUGUGAGGAUACUCUAUACAGGCGACUACUCGCGCGAAGAAGACCGACAUCUGGUCAAAGCGGAACUCCCUCCAAUACGACCUGACGUGCUCAUAGUCGAAAGCACAUACGGUGUUCAAAGUCUAGAAGGUCGACCUGAAAAAGAACAUCGCUUCACAAGUCUCGUCCAUCAAAUUAUCCGACGCGGAGGCCACGUUUUGCUCCCAACAUUUGCACUCGGCCGCGCGCAAGAGCUGUUGCUUAUUCUUGACGAGUACUGGAAACGGCAUCCCGACCUCCACAAUGUUCCAAUCUACUAUGCUUCUGGGCUGGCGCGCAAGUCAAUGGCUGUCUAUCAAACCUACAUCCACACCAUGAACUCCAAUAUCAGAACGCGAUUCGCUAAACGAGACAACCCUUUCGUCUUCAAGUACAUCUCCAAUCUACCUCAACCUCGCGGUUGGGAGAAGAAGAUCGCUGAAGGACCACCUUGUGUUGUUCUGGCCAGCCCCGGUUUUAUGCAAAGCGGACCGAGUCGUGAACUGUUUGAACUCUGGGCGCCGGAUUCUCGCAAUGGACUUAUUGUCACCGGUUAUUCGGUGGAGGGUACCCUGGCUAGGGACAUCAUGACUGAACCAGAAGAGUUUGAGUCGGUCAAGGGAGGGAUGAUCCCUCGGAAAAUUUCUGUGGCGUACAUCUCGUUCAGCGCCCAUGUCGAUUACUCGCAAAACUCAGAGUUCAUUGAACUCGUCAAGGCCCAACAUGUGGUCCUCGUUCAUGGCGAACAGACCGCAAUGGCGCGACUAAGGGCAGCCAUGACAUCCAGAUACAAAGAGCGCGACGAGGACGUGAAAAUUCAUACUCCGCGCAAUCUCGAGACUCUGAAUCUAUCGUUCCGGGGAGAACGAGUUGCCAAGGCGAUCGGGACAAUGGCUGAUAAGCCGCCACGACCAAACGAUGUGCUCUCUGGUUUACUGGUGUCCAAAGACUUUUCGUAUACGUUGCUGGAUCCGCGUGACCUGAAGGAUUUUGCUGGUCUGUCGACGUGUACGGUGACCCAGCGGCAGAGGAUAGCGCUGGGGGUGAGGUGGGAGCUGGUCCGAUGGCAUUUGGAGGGGAUGUUUGGAGAGGUGGAGGAGGGUGUUGAUAAAGAAGGGGUCGCUGUCAUGCGGAUUAUGGGCGCAAUUGAUGUGAGGCAUACGCAAGAGCACGAGCUUACUCUGGAGUGGGAGUCGAGCGCGAGCAACGAUAUGCUAGCGGAUUCAACACUGGCACUCAUCACAGGGAUCGAGAAGAGUCCUGCAUCCGUAAAACUUACUUCACACUUACAUAGUCAUGACCACCCGCAUUCUGAUCACAAUGAUGCGAUACGACGGGAGCACAGAAUCGCGUGGUUCUUCGAAGCACAUUUUGAAGAAGUUGAGCUGCACGAAGGAGACGAACUUGAGCAGGGCGAGGAUGUCAAGGGGUGCACACUGGUGGUGAGGCUCGACGAGUCUCUAGCUGUUAUUGAUCUAGAUGCUUUGGUGGUUCAUUGCUCUAAUGAAGCACUGAAAAAGCGUGUAGAAACCGUGUUAGAUAUGGCAGUGACUACGGUCACGUCGCUUGGGCAGGCGUUCGUCUCCAAAGCGUCUGGACUUGUUGAGGGAGGGCAAUCUACUGAGGACGAGACGGAGCUCGAAAUCCAUGAUUAG